GAUGACGGCAGAUGGGAGACACCGAAGAGUGUGGAGAAACCUAUAUAUAUUUUAUAUGAGAAGUUUGAUGUAAGGGAUUUAUUAUCUGAGAGCUGGGAUAAUUGCACACAUCUCUGCAUUACUAUCAGAUCUCCCUGUAUACAGUAAGGUGCGGAUACUAGAUAUUGUUUACAGUGAGUUGGGACUUUUAAUGACAUUUGGACCUCGUAUACUGUAGAUUGCUGAGAUUACUGUAUCACUUCCUGAAUCAUAGACCAGCAUCAGUAUAUUGAGGCAUAAGUCAGUUUCUUAGGGCCAUGGAUGCAGAAGGCAAGCCAAUCCCUCUACGCUGUGUGCUAAUGACCAUCAGUAUGGGGGUGCUUCUCAUUCUGCUCAGUGUUGGACCUGCCUGCACCCAUAAGAACAGAGGAUCUGCAUUUCAGGAUCCCUCUGUCACAGUACUGCCCUCACUAGGGAUCCCGCUACUGACACCCCCUCCAGAGACUGAUUCUACAUUGGAGCAACCAGUGCAGAAAGUGACAAGAAUACAGAGCCCCCCGUGGGCACCCAGGCACUCCUGGCUGAUGCUUCUCAAGCACUCAGACCGUGGAGAAAAGAAUAAAAGGAAAGGAGACACCCUGCGACAUGACCGUCCAGGCCCAAUCGGCCCCCCUGCACCGCCAAGACAUCAUAGUCACCCAGUAAAUCAUGUUAUACGGGAGAAGAAACUGCACAAACUUCUACAGCUUCUGAUUGAUGGUCUGUUGAGACAGAAGGAUGUGGAUAACAACCCAGAUAAUGGAUAUACUACAGCUAAACUCCCUUCAAGACUGCAUGCAGCCUUUACCUGUAAGACUGCCAGUGAUAUUCGCCUGGAACCUGGAGACCUGAGGGAACUCUCACAAAGGCCCCAUUUAGAGGGAUCUUUUUACAGAGGCGGCGGCCUGAACCUCACCAGUGGUCGAUACACUGCUCCAUUCAGCGGACUUUAUGCUUUCUUUGCAAGGCUCCAGAUUGAUUUCCAGAACCAUGUGCAGGAAAGGACUCCUUAUGGCUUUGUACGUUUGCAGCUUUGCAUCCUGUCUCUUUGCCAGGAUAACUGGUCUCUGCAACAAAUCAGCAGUUUUACAGGAAAUGAGGCUGCAGCUACAGUCACCUUGAAUGGAAUAUUGUAUGUGCAGGCAGGACAAUAUGUGUCGAUCUUCUUGGAGAACAGGGUGGGCUCUUGGCUUGUUCUGGUGAAGGGAUCAGACUUCAGUGGCGUACUCUUAGGACAAUGAUCUAUACCAUGAUUCCUGGAGAAACAUCAUUUACUUUAACCAGACUUGGUGCUUCACCUGCAUUAUGUAGUGUCCCAUAGGUUGCAAGAGGUCACAAGCAGGGCCAUCUGCAUUCUAGGAUCUCACCCUGCAAUAUCCCCGCCUCCAGUACACACCUGCUCACAGGCAGGGCUCUGAUACUUAAUGAUCACCCAUCCCAGGGCACAGGAUCAGUCACUGCUAGUCUCCAACUGUCACUCACUAUUUUGCUUUUCAUUUUCUCCCAUACUGUCUGCACAAAUCUUUUUACAUUAAAUGGUGUAUAUAUAUUUUAAUUUUACCUAUGCUGCGCUACAGACUAUAAUCAUAAGUGUAAACAUAAAGGUUGUAAAUGUAUUUGUCUCUAAUUAAAGAUUUUAAAAAAUGUGCUCACAAUAAAAUU